AUGGAGCUGGAGGGCAUCGGGGAGGAGUGCGGCGUGUUCGGGUGCAUCGCCGCCGGCCUGUGGCCCUCCGAACUGGACGUGCCCCAUGUGAUCACGCUGGGGCUGGUGGGCUUGCAGCACAGAGGCCAAGAGAGUGCCGGGAUUGUGACAAGUGAUGGAGAAUCAGCCCAAUCCUUCAAAGUGCACAAGGGAAUGGGUCUGGUUAAUCAUGUGUUUAGUGAAGACAGUCUGAAGAAGUUGUACAUUUCAAAUCUUGGAAUUGGCCACACAAGAUACUCCACCUCAGGAAUCUCUGUACUAGAUAACUGCCAACCAUUUGUUGUGGAAACCCUGCAUGGGAAGAUUGCUGUGGCCCACAACGGAGAGUUGACGAAUGCACCGCGGCUGAGGAGAAAGCUCAUGCGCCAUGGAGUGGGAUUAUCCACCAGUUCCGACAGCGAACUGAUCACUCAGCUGCUGGCAUUCACCCCCCCUCUGGAGCAUGACGACAUCCCAGACUGGGUAGCAAGGAUCAAAAACUUGAUGAAUGAAACACCUACUUCGUAUUCCCUUCUGAUCAUGCAUAAAGAUAUUAUCUAUGCAGUGCGAGAUCCUUAUGGGAACCGUCCACUCUGCAUCGGCCGCCUUGUUCCAGUAGGUGAUAUUAAUAAAAAAGGGAAAAAUAUCUCUGAAACUGAAGGAUGGGUAGUUUCCUCAGAAUCCUGUAGCUUUUUAUCUAUUGGCGCAGAAUAUUACCGUGAAGUCAUGCCUGGAGAAAUUGUGAAAAUAUCCAGAUACGACGUCCAAACAUUGGAUGUUGUACCAAGACCUGAAGGAGAUCCAUCAGCAUUCUGUAUUUUCGAAUAUGUAUAUUUUGCAAGGCCUGACAGCAUCUUUGAAGGUCAGAUGGUAUAUUCUGUAAGGAGGAGAUGCGGCCAACAGCUAGCUAUUGAAGCUCCGGUGGAAGCUGAUUUGGUCAGCACAGUCCCGGAAUCUGCAACUCCAGCAGCCCUUGGCUAUGCACAAAAGUGUGGGUUGCCAUACAUCGAAGUAUUGUGCAAAAACAGAUAUGUGGGAAGAACAUUCAUUCAGCCCAACAUGAGGUUAAGACAACUUGGAGUGGCCAAAAAGUUUGGAGUCUUGUCCGACAACUUCAAAGGGAAGCGUGUUGUCCUUAUUGAUGAUUCCAUUGUCCGAGGCAACACCAUUUCACCCAUAAUCAAACUAUUGAGAGAAUCUGGUGCUAAAGAGGUGCACAUUCGUGUGGCUUCACCUCCAAUUAAAUUUCCUUGUUACAUGGGGAUAAACAUACCAACAAAAGAAGAACUCAUUGCCAACAAGCCUGAAUUUCAUGACCUGGCGAACUACAUAGGAGCUGACAGUGUUGUUUACCUCUCGGUAGAAGGAUUGGUAUCAUCUGUUCAGGAAAGUAUCAAAGCAAAGCAAGACAAUGAAAACAGCAUAAAGACAAACAAAAACAGCAUGAAGACCAACAAGUUCCACACUGGGAAAGUCGGCCAUUGUAUAGCAUGCCUUGUCGGAGAAUACCCUGUAGAACUUGAGUGGUGAAUUUUCUGAACGCAGCUGCCACCACUGAAUUAAAGUUUGGAACUUGAGAAAUGUAUUACACCU